GGAACUAGGCGCUGCUGCUUAUCUCCUUCCUGUUUGCUUUCACAAAGACACCGUGCUCGCCACAAUUUCUUCAUUCAAGUGUUCUGUCCAUCUGGAUUUAACUGCGUUUUACAGUUUUGAAGCUGAAUAUCAUUUCUGGUUUUGAAGAAAGUUUAACAUCAACAAUUUUCUGUGAGGAUGACUGGUGUCCUGAAGAUCAAUUUGAAUGACUGAUGAUGAAAGGUCUGAAAACCUCUGCAAUGGGUCCCCAUCAGCCACAGCCACCAGCACCACUACGAAAAAUAAAACAACUGUUGGUCAUCGGUCUUCUCAUCCUGUUGAUUGUUCUGUUCAGAGGGACAUAUAGGUCACUUACCCACGUCGCGAUUUUCAACUUCUACAGAGGAACACCUCAAAAAUGGGCCUCCUCUGUAAACUCUUCUUUUUUCAGGAUAGGAAUUAAAAAACACUCAGCUCCACAGAAAGAUGAAGCCUCAUUUAUUGCUGUAAAAAUGACAAAGACAUUGUUGAUAUCAGCUUAUCUAGAACACCGUUCAAAUCAAAAAGAGAUCCGGGUUAUAGCCAUUGUGUGGCGAGAAGAGAAAGUCUCCUAUCGUUGCAUCUUUCACUGUCAGAACCAGCAGUGGUACAUCUCGAAAGGUGCUCUCAACAUCCAUACAGACCACUUUGGGUUCUCAUACGGAACAGCGGACAUCAUGUGUCCCAUCCCCCCAGAGUGUGAAAAUCCAUCUCACAUUUCUGUGGCUUCUGAUGAGACGAUAUCUGAAGAUGAAUAUAUGGAAGAAUUUUUGGAAGUGAAUAACAAAAAAGCACAGACUGAAUCUUUUCCUUAUGACUUCACAGUCUGUAUUUCUACCAUGUUUGAUUUCACCAAUGUGCUUCAGCUGGUGCAGAGUUUCGAAAUGCUUCAGUUACUUGGAGUGAACAAAGUUUUUGUCUACAAAACCAACUGCAGCGAAGAAACACAACGUGUUCUGGACUAUUACUCAAGCAAAAAAGGCUUUGUGGAGGUGAUUCCUUGGUCCAUGUCCAGGUUUCUAAAUGUUUCUCGAGGAUGGCUGCCUGAGCAUGGUCCUGGUGACCUCCACUAUUUUGGUCAGAUCCCUGCUCUCAACGACUGCCUCUUCAGGAACAUGUACAAAUCCAAAUAUUUGGCAUUGCAUGACAUUGACGAGCUCAUACUGCCACAGACGGUCAAAAGCUGGACGGAGCUACUGCCUCUGCUGGAGAAGAAGUACAGCCCGAAUAAGUGUUACAUGUUUGAAAAUAACGUGUUCCCCAACAAUGUCUCGCUACCGUCACCAAAGGCACAAAGCCUACCUAAAAUGGACCACUGGAAAGGAGUUCCUGGAGUGAACAUCCUGGCUCAUCUGCACCAGGAGCCCAUCACUAAAGAGAUGCAAUAUAUCAAAUUUAAGAUCAUCGUAAACCCUCGAGAUAUUUAUUCGGUAUCGGUUCACGGCGUGCUGAAAUCAGACCAUGGCUGCAGCUGGGUGGACAGGAACAUGGCACGGAUGUACCACACAAGAGAUCAAAUGCAACCCUUGCUGACUUCAGAUAAGAUGAUCUAUGAUGGCAGAUUGCUGAGCUACAGCGCCCCCCUCAGUCUGGCUGUUGAUACUGCACUUCAAGAAAGUGGCCUUCUCUCUAAGGAGACCAAAAACUUGAACUAGGACCUUCUUGGUAACACGUCAGAGUGAAAACUUUUUUUGCAAGUUUUCUGGUACUUUUAUGGUAGGAUUUAUUUCUGUUAUAAGUUUUGUAAACUUUUACAAAAGUUUGCUUAUGUGUUGCUAGAAAAGUAUUUUUUAAGGAUGCUUUAACAUAAGAGAAAUUAUAUAUUUAAUAUUAUAAUAUAAUAUUAAUUAAAAAAAAAUCUUGAGAAAAUGUGAACUAUAAAAAAGAAUAUUAAAAAUAAAACAUGUUUCGGUUAAUAGUUUCGGUUGACUGGAACAGAUCUGAAUAGCAGAAAGAGUUGCACUGAAAGUGUAGAGACAGCUUACUGUAUAAUAAUCUGACGACUGCUUAAAGUCCCCAGUUAAACUUAAAGUCCAAGUCAGUUUUAUGGUAGCUGCUCAGGUUAGAUUUCACUGGAGUGAAAAAUGUUUACAGAUCUUCCUAAAUCAAAGGUUUAUAUUUUUAAAAAAAAAUGUUUUUUUGCUCAAAAACAAGCAAGGUUUGUUUGAAAUGCAGUUUUUAUUAUGCAGUUUAAAAAGAUUUUGUUCAACAGGUGCCAUUUUUUUAUUUUUUAUUUUUUAUUUUUUUGUCUUUUUAAAAGGUUUCAUCACCUAAGAGUCCAUACAUGUUCUUGCUUCUGACUCAGGGUUCUGGUUUCCCCAGUCUUUGCUUUUUUCUUGCAAGAAAUGCCUCUAUCUCAGCUCCCUAACUCCACACAACUAAAUUAUUAGAUAUAUUAUUGACUAGUUUUUGUAACUUUGAUAAUUACUAUUAAACAUGAAGUUAAUCCAUAUCAGAAAAUCAACAGAUGCAUAAAUUAGAUUUAUUAUUGUAUAAUGUUUUUGUUAUUGUUUCCAGAUAUAGUCAGGGGAAUGAAAGAAUAAAUUAAUGUUUAUAAUCACAUGUUUGAAUUUAAUGCUUAUUAAUUUUAAAUAUUGAGCUGUGGGAAAAUAAAUGAUUGACUGAUUGAAUGUAUAAAUGAAUCACGCACAUGGAUAUAAAUAAAAACAACUGAAUUAAUCAAAACAAA